GAGGAAAGUUGAAAACAUUCUUACAGUGUAUUGUGGAGUGAACCCCGACCUCAAGAUGUCUGCAAAUAAAGUAGAUUUGCUCAAGCGUGCCAUACUUGAGGACACAAAAUCCUAUUUGAUGAAAACAGCACAGUAUGCCAAGAAUGUGGAGGAUAGUGAUUCCAAAAUAGUGGAGCUGGAUGAGGCCAUUGCAGCAAAGGAGCGACAUAUCAUUCAGCUUGAGGAUCUCAGGGAGAAAGAAAAGGCCUUCUAUGAAAUGUCCCUCAAUUUGAUGAAAUUACAAUUAACGGAUGCCAACAGCAUUCUUGCAGAAGAGACGAAGCACAAUCAGGAGAAUUCUCAUGCCGUUAGCAUGUCAACUACUGAAAUGAGGGAAAUUGAAAGGGAAGUAACAGAGAGAGACACACAUCUGGACAAAUGUAAAAGAUUCAAAGACAUUUUGUUCAAGAUGGCAUCUUUGAUGCACAAAGAGGCUUUCAUCCUGUCCCUGACACACAGCAACAGUAAGGAGAGGAUGGAGGUAAAUGUCUCUGAAGAGCUAAUGGAACUGGUCAAGAAUCUGUCAGAGCAGAAUCUGGCCAACUUCAAUGCCACAGAUAAAAGGAAGGAAACACUGGAUGAAUGCCAGACAAAUCUGAAGAAAAUGAAAGAGAAAGGAAAUUAUCACAAAGAGGAUUUGGAGUUGACCAAAAUGCAGGAUAUGAUCAACAAAGUAGAGGGGAGACUUUCCACACUCAAGCGUCUGGUUGCAUUCACUCCGUGUUUACCUUUGGGCCAGGACAAUAUAGAGUGGGAUGCUCUUAGCAGGAAGGUGAAAGAAGUGUAUGAGUCCUGCAUUGGUGGGAUUCAUGGCUUCAACACCACUGCAAUGCUAUGUAAAAUUGAGUGCCAUGUUUUGUCACUGCUCGAUCAACUUGACAGCCUCCCUCAAGAUACAUUGAAGAGACUGAGGAGGCUCAUCAACGCUGACAGGGUCAAAAAGAACAUUGAGGAAAACCUGAAUAAUCAGAGGAUAAGAGAAAAGGAAACAAAGGAAAAGUGUCUGAAAAGGAUGAUGAGUAAUGUCAAGAAGAGGACUGGACGAAAGUUGCUGUCAAGAUCCAUGAUUUUGGAAGAGGACAACACCAAAGACAUCAAUGAGAGGCCGCAGACACCCGAGGAGAUUUGCUGGGACAAAGAGAUAGGCGAAAAGGAGGAGGAGUCUGCUGUCGCAGCCCUGUGGGAGGAUUGGAGAUUGACAAAGGAGGCUAAACUGGCCAAGCAGUGUAAGAAGAAGGAGAAGAGGGCUGCAAUGUCGCAGCCUACCCAGGCUGGUCCCAAAUUUGGUGCAGUUGCCCUUAGGAUUCCCUCUGCUAAUACCAAGCAGCCACUGCGCAGACUUUUCAAGCCUGAACUUCCAAAAAUUAAUUCCUCAAACUAUGAGGAAACAAGUAUCAUAGAACUACAACAGACCUGCCCAGCACAUGAACAGCUUGCAACGGCCAGCAGCAACAAGCUGAAUGAGCCAGGGAAGGCUGAAAAUCUCUCGACACUGCUCAGAAUGAGGAGACUAAAUUAAUUACCCUUGCCUCACAAUAUUAAUAAUAAUACAGUAUAUGCUCAUGUAUUUUGAACUGUGACAUUGCUGACACAAACAAACCUGGGAUAGUAAUACUUUACAAACUUUACAAAGGCAAUGAUAAAUUCUAAUACAUUGGACAUGUGUAGAAACUAAUGAGUGGACUGUGUGAUGUGGUUAAAAGAAGCCAGGGACAAAUGGUGACUAAAGAGAAGUGCUCUCCCACUUUGUCACUGAGAGGGUAAUUGUCCGAGUCAGUUCAUCUAUUAGACGACAGACUGUGUAUAUAACGAUGGGCCUGCUUCCCAAAUGUGUAACCAAAGCAAUUCAAUCAGUAGUAACCGGCCUCCUGCAUGUUAGCAGAUGAAAUAUAGACCAAACUAAAAACUCAAAGCUCACUUUUUUUCUUAAAGAUGGCUUUCAUCAUUUUAGGUACUUGUUAUCUGUUGUGGAAACCUGAACAACUGGUACGAUUACUUUAGCCGGAGCAAUCAGCUUGUAUCAUGUUCAUGGUUGAAUAGAGUGAGAACGGUCCAGCUGACAUACAUACACAAUAAAUGUCCAC